AUGAAUUACGCGCGCGACAACGACUACUGCGAGUCCGCCGACGGGCAAAUCGGCUCGUCGGACUCAAAUGAGGUGUCUGAGAUGGGUCACAAGAAGGAACUUGAACAGGUCUUUUCUACCGCCACAGCAUUCGAUCUCGAGUCAGAAGACACGCAGAAAGAGCUGGACCGCAUCUAUCGCAAACUGGACCGUCGAAUCAUCCCGCCUCUGUGGAUCCUGUACUUUCUGACGUCAUUCGGAAGCAGUGCUUACGGAGUGGCGCUGACCAUGAACAUGGACAAGGGCCAUUCGCUGUCUCAGACCCUGAAUCUGUCGGCCCACCAGCUCUCGGUUGCCUCCGCUCUCUAUUAUGUCGGUUACAUUGUCUUUGAUGUGCCCAUCAAUCUGGUGAUGACCAAAGUGGCCCCCCAUGCGUGGUUAUCUCGUAUCGUCAUUUCCGUGGGCGUUGUUUACGCAUGUUAUGCGGCUCUGAACAAUGCCGGUGGCGUCAUUGCCAUCCGUCUCAUUUCGGGCAUCUGUGGAGCCGGCACUUGGCCCGGACUGGCCUACUAUGUGUCGUUGUGGUAUCCUGCUCACCGGACCGCGCGACGUAUCGGCUACUAUUUCACCGCUGCCCAGGUGUCUGCCGCCACCGCGGGUCUGUUUUCCGCCGCGUUCCAGACCAUUGACGGCAACCGUGGCCUCAAGGGCUUCCAAUGGUUCUUUCUCGUCUACGGAGUGUUCACCGUCACUCUAGGAGUCUCCCUACUGUGGUGGUUGCCAGGCCGACCGUCGGAGUUCAACGAUCUCUACGACGAGUCCCAUAAGAUUGACCAGUUGGCCAAGACGUCGGUUCUCAAGUCCCUGCUCAACGGCACCUUCUCCAAACACCCGCUUUCUCCGCUCGAACAACAGUUGCACGCCGCCGACAUGUCUCAACGGUACCUCAACGUGGCCUGGACUCUCAAGGACCUGCUGAGAGUGUUUAUGGACAUCCGAAUCUGGCCGCUGGUCAUUAUGUACUUUGGAGUGGUCGGAACCGGCUACGGUAUUGUGGUGGCCGGUACCUCUAUCAUCAAGUCCACCAACGAGUCUCUGACCCCCAUUCAACUGUCUCUGCUUUUCUGUCCCAUCUGGGUGUGCGAUCUUCUCGCCAUUCUUGCAAUCACUCCGCUCUCUGACCGCUACAAGAACCGGCCGCUGUUUUUCUGCGCGUCUACAGUGGUCAUUAUUGUUGGAAUGGUCGUCAACACCUAUGCGCCUGGGUCGUGGCCCCGAUAUGUGGGACUACUUAUCACCGGACUCGGUCUGGGCCCCACAGUGCCCAUCUGCAUGACCUGGGCGGCUGAGAUCUUCAUGCCCAAGUACCAGGACGUCGGGGUCGCCGCCACUUCGGCUCUAGUUUCUGGCCUGGGAAAUCUCGGCAGUGUCGUCACCACCUACGCACUGUACAAAGGCUGGAGUGACGAUGUGGACCGGGGCUUCAAGUACUCCAAUAUGACCGUUGUUGGCAUUUUGGGUGCGUCGAUUAUUGCCGCUUUGCUCCUGGGCUACACUGAGAGGAGACGGUUGCGUGGCCAGCAAUGA